GUGACUGAGUGACGAAGUGACGAAGUGACGAAGUGACGAAGUGACGAAGUGAGUUGUAAUCGACUGAGGGACUGCCGACUUACUGACAUUUUCAUCGGUGGAAAAUGAUACCCCAGAGCACUCCCCUCCUUGGCGGCCUUGGCGGCCUUCGCGGUCCUCGGCGGCAGACCCGUGGAUGGAUCCCCGAUCCAGUGAGGGGUGGAUGGUCCGGCUGGCUAAUGGUCAUGGUGCAGGCGGCGUGGUUCCGCCGAGCCCUUGUCUUGGUCGUGGGCAGCCCAGUCGACGGGCGGGUGGACAGUCUCGCGCCUGGAGCGCACCUUAGACCUGAGCUCGCACUUGACCAAGGCCCGAUUCCAGGUGGAGCUCAGCCAUAGCCAGGCCUCAGGCCCGGUGGAGGGCGUCAUGUGGGUGGGCGAGGCCGCGUGGCAAGGUCGAGUGGCCUUUAUGGGCGCCACAUCGGCGAGUUCCGGUGACAAGAAGACCUAUCUGCGUGUGCAGGAAGUGCCCGCUGGACUAGAGGGCGGUUUCCCGGCCUGGAAGAUCCAACUGAAAUCCCCCGUCAAGGCCGGUCAAACGGUGAAAAUUGACGUGGAAAUGAUCAUCACCGCUCAAAUGGAGCUCUUUCCCAAGGAGAUCACACAACGCGAAAAGCAAUUGGUCCAAUACAACGGCAACCACUAUACUCAAUGCGUGUAUGCGGUCAAGAGCCAAACCACGAAGGUCGUGCUGCCCAACAAGAACACGGAAAGCUACUCCAAGCAACUCAAGCCGGUCUCUGCCUCGGACAAUACCAUCACCUAUGGACCCUACUCCGAGGUCCAGCCCAUGGCCCAAAGCGAGAUGAGCGUGCACUUUGAAAACAACAACCCGUUCCUGAUCGUGAGUCGCCUGGAACGCACCAUCGAGCUGUCCAUGUGGGGCAACAUCGCCAUUGAGGAGACCGUGGACUUGCGCCAUUCGGGAGCCAAGCUGAAAGGCUCCUUCUCGCGAUACGAAUUCCAACGCGAGAACUCCGGCGCCUCGGCCGUCAAGAACUUCAAGACCAUGUUGCCCGCUGCCGCGUCCGACGUGUACUACCGCGACGAUAUUGGAAACAUUUCAACUUCGGCCCUGAGGACGUUGGUGGAUUCAGUGGAACUGGAUCUCCGCCCGCGAUUCCCGCUUUUUGGUGGCUGGAAGACCCAUUACUUCAUCGGGUAUAAUGUGCCCAGCUACGAGUACCUCUACCAUCAGGCCGAGCGUUACAUCUUGAACAUGCGGGUGGUCGACCACGUUUACGACGACAUGAUUGUGGAAGACUUCUUGCUUCGCAUCAUCUUGCCUGAGGGCACGCAAGUCACCGGAUUGGACACGCCAUUUAAGAUGGCUCGCCUAAAGGACGGACUACAUUUUACCUACUUGGACGUCCAAGGCCGGCCCGUGAUCACCCUCACCAACCANCCUGAUCAACUCAGAAGGCAUGAAAAUGCCCUGGAAGCCGUGUCCAAAUGGAAGCGCAAAUUAGAGUCCGCACAAACGUUUGAAGAAGCAUUGCCCAUGAUCAAGAAAAUCGAAAGAUCCAACGUUGAAUGUAAAAAGAGGAACAUUUUUCCAUUUGUGGAUCGGAAACGAAAGCGAGAGCGAAUUUCUUCAAUUUUUCCCAAUCAGAAAGUCACGAACUGCCACCGAGAAAACGAGUCUCCCAAAGCUGCUAAGAAAAANUACAAACAUAGGUUGUCCAUGGUCCAGGAGCCUCUGUUGUUGAUCUUGGCCUUCUUCAUCUUCUUUGCGCUCACCAUCGUGUACGUUCGACUGGACUUUGCCAUCACCAAGGACGAGAGCUCGGAAAUCCGGAUGCGAGUGGCGGGUUUGUGCAACAAGAUCAUGAACCACCAAGACAAGCGAUUCAAGCAGUAUGAGCAGAUUGACGAGGCCCUGGCCAAGUACAAGGCUUAUAAGGAGCAGGCCCAGUUCCAGAGCGCGGCCAAAAAGGUGGCCAACGAGGCCAAGACCGAGAACCAAGCUAUUGUCGACCUUCUGCCCGCCUUGAAAGCCAUAUCCGGAGACACGGCUGAGAAAGUGGCCGAGAUUCAACGGCUGGAUCGGGUGAUCAGAGAGCAUCAAAACAAUCAGGCGGCCAUUUUUGAUAAAUUCCUAACGUCCAAGUUGAACAAAUCGCAAUUCGUGGAGCAGGAAUUGAGUCUCGUUAAGAAACGGGACGAAGCUCGGGAAAAGAUUGACCAAAUCUACAACCACCUCAGAGGGGUCUAAACGCCUCGUCCUGAUGAAUCGUGAUCAUGGAUCAAUCACAUCAAUCACACACUAACAGUUUCGAGGUGUGCCUCGAAACCAAUGGAUUUGAGCACUACUUUUUCUUGUUAUUCUUGGCGUUCAUUGCUCUCAACAGCCGGUGUGAUUUUGUGGACGUGUUUCGUUUGUUUUAUUCUCUCUCAUUCUGACCGAGAGGACUGCAUUCCAUCAUUGUUCUUUAUUUCGCGAUCAGAGAGCAUUAAAUUUGAAAAUUCCCGUCUCCUGGGAAUCAGCAUUCACAA